GAUACAUCUGCGUGCGCUUUUUGCCGGUAAAAAAAGGAAAAUAUUAUAGCGAACUCAGCCCUGCUUAUUGCUUCCCUCUCCUAAAAAUAAAAUAAAGAAAACAUGGAGAUUGCGCUAGCAAGUGUUCCCUAAGCACCUUGCAUUUUCACGCGGCAUGGAGCGCGUUAAACAAAGAACUACUCAGCAAUUUUCAGAUUGCACGUAGCCUUCUCUUUCUUGCAUUUGUUACGGCCUAGAACAUUGCAAGACAGGGUUUAAUGAGUUGCUCAGAGAAAAAAAAAGUAGGAAAAAGAAACAAGCUAUUCAACUAGAAUAUUGCAAGACGAACUGGUCCCUGACGAAGGUAAGGCCGCCAUUUUAUAGCGAUCGUCUGCAACUCCACGUUCGACUAUUGGAAGCUUCCUUGCGUAAAAGACCUCAUGGCUGUCGAUGUCUCGAGACUGCCGCCGACCGUAUCGUCGUGCCUCGUGCUACUCCUGCUCGGAGCAGCCCUCGGGCGAGACGGUCGAGGUCGGGACCGAUAUCCCCACGAACCGAGAAGGCCGCGCGAAGGGCCACCACCGAGCGAAUACGGGCAUGGGACGAUUCAAACUCCCUAUGAAUGCCCGUGGUUCACUAAGGCGUUGAGCGACUGCUCGAAUGAACGACUGGAUAAGCGGCGGUUUGAACCCAUCAUGGAGAGAAUGGACAAUGCCAGUUAUUCCAGGGAGCUCCUUCUCUGCAUGACCCAAAGAUCUGUUGAAGCACCGGAUAGUAUCUUCUGCACAGACAGAGAGUCCGUGUCGAUCUUGACGUCUUGUGUAGAAGACGGCCUCGCCAAGCACAGCGAAGUUCCGCAAGAAGAAGCCAGAGAACUUCUCAAUGAAAUAGGGAGAUGCUUGCAGGACAUUCAUCAAGACAAAACGAAUAUGCGAGGACGAAAGAGAAGGGCACACCAUCGCUACGUCCCGCGACCUCGCCAACCGUAUUCAUUCGCUCUGAAGAAAGAACAAUAAGGAAACACCGCAGUACGAAAAUACACGUGAAAAUAAACGACAUGCAUCAACAGGGUCUCUUUCGGCUAAGUA